UUCAAAUUACAAAUCUGGUUCACAAUAUAAGGCUGAUAAAGAAAACUUAAUUUCUUAUUAAUUGAUUCAAAAUAAAGCGCCUGCGGUUUCCUUUCGCGUCGUUUACUAAAUAUUAUCAACCGGAAUUUGGUAAUUACUCCAUUUGUGGUUUAAGCGUGAUAAGAAAAGGGUUAAAAGUGAUGAGAUAAAUAGAAUUUUGGCUCAUUUGUAUUUCGUUUCUUGUGUGGUGUAUAGUUAAAGAGAAAAAUAUUAUUGUUUUUGGAUAAAUAAAAAAAUCAUUUAAAAAUGACGGAUAAUCUCGAGGUAGAAUUAGUUUAUCUUUAUCCCUUGGAGAAUGCAAGAAGACAUAAAACCGAUAAAUACGAAGUUGUAAAUGAACAAGAUCCAACUCCUGUGUUUAGAAGAGGAUACACUUUCAUUAUGAUUAUCAGAUUUUCAAAUCGCGAAUAUGAUGAAAGCUCAGAUGUCGUUAAACUUCAUUUUAAUUAUUAUGGAUCUGCAAAGAAUAUCAUGAAAGGAACUAAAGGAGUAAUACCUUUAAAAUUGAAAUCUGAUGAUUUAAAAGAUGAUACUUUUAAUGGAAAAAUUAUUGGGCAACAAGAAAAUACGAUAACCAUAGAAGUUUGUAGUCCUUAUACUUGUGCGGUUGGUUUGUGGGAAUUACAAGUUGUAACCAGUGUUCAAAACUCAGUUGAUGAUCCAACUGUUUAUAAUCAUCCGGGACAGAUUUAUAUUUUAUUUAAUCCAUGGCAUAAAAGUGACUUAGUUUACAUGCCAGAUGAACGCUUAUUAGAAGAAUACAUUCUUAUGGAUGUUGGAAAAAUUUGGAUUGGACCAUUAGGAAGUUGCAGAGGUCGUGAAUGGGUUUUUGGACAAUUUGACGCUACCGUUCUACCAGCUGCUAUGCUUAUGCUAGAAAUGUGUCAAAUGCCGCAUUAUCGUCGUGGUGAUCCUAUAAGCUUAUGUCGAAUUAUUUCAAAAAUGGUUAACAAUAACGACGAAGAUAAUGGAAUUCUCGUUGGAAGAUGGGACGGCGAUUACAUCGAUGGAACUGCACCAUCAGCUUGGACUGGAUCGGUUGAAAUUCUCCAACAAUAUUUGGAAACUCAACAAUCCGUAAGCUACGGACAAUGUUGGGUUUUCUCAGGAGUUGUUACCACAAUUUGUAGAGCUUUGGGGAUACCAUCAAGAGUUGUUUCAAAUUUAGUAUCAGCCCAUGACGCAAAUGCGUCUUUAACAAUCGAUAAAUAUUUCAAUAUGAUCGAUGAGGAAUUAGAAUAUGAUCCAAUGAACGAAAUCGGGGAAGAUUCCAUAUGGAAUUACCACGUAUGGAACGAUGUUUGGAUGGCAAGACCAGAUCUUCCAAAAGGAUAUGGUGGUUGGCAAGCAAUCGAUGCUACACCCCAAGAAAGAUCAUCUCAUUCCCAAAUCUACGAGUGCGGUCCAGCAUCUUUAGAAGCCAUAAAAUAUGGAGUUGUUGGAAUGAAUUACGAUGUUGGAUUUAUGGUCGCUUCUGUUAAUGCAGAUUUAAUGAGAUGGAAAGAAGAUCCUAAAGAAGAAUUGGGAUUUUCAAAAAUUUAUUGCAACAAACAUCAUAUUGGGAGAUUGAUUUUAACGAAAAAACCAUUUUUGUUUGAUCCAAAUGGCGAUAGAGAUCGUGAAGAUAUCACCGAACAGUACAAACCAAAAGAAGGAACUGAAGCUGAAAGAUUAUCGUUGUAUAAUGCAGUAAGAAGUACAAGAUUAGCAAAAAAUUUUUAUGCUUUACCAGAUCCUAAUUUAGAAGACAUUGAAUUCGAUUUGGUUGAACUUGAUCGAAUUCGAAUUGGCGAAGAUUUCAGUGUAAUCGUUCGCAUGAAAAAUAAAUGCGAUGAAGAAAGAAAUGUUCGAGCUGUUUUAUCAUCCACCAGUGUGUUUUAUACUGGUAUAAAAGCGAAUCUCGUGAAAAAAGCUGAAGGAAUCUUUAAGCUAAAACCACACUCAUCUGAAAGACUCGAAUUAAGAAUUGCUGGUGAUGAAUACAUCGACAAAUUAGUCGAAUAUUGCAACAUGAAAUUGUGCGCAGUUGCAACUGUAACUGAAACUCGUCAAACUUGGGCUAAUGAAGAUGAUUUUCAAGUUGUUAAACCAACCAUAACAAUUAAAAUUCCAUCAGAAAUUCCAUGUAAAUCCCCAACACGAGUUCUUCUUCAAUUCAUCAAUCCAUUGAAGAAAACGUUAACAAACUGCAAAUUUAAUCUUUCUGGGCCAACUUUAUUAAGAAAUCAUAUUCUUUCCAUUGCUGAUGUUGAAGCUGGAGAAUUGGUGAGCGCUGAAACGGAAAUUGUACCAAAAAUAGCUGGAGAACAAAAACUUAUAGCGACUUUUUGGUCAAAAGAACUUUCAGACAUCACUGGUGCUUCUAAAGUUGAAGUCACCGAAGAAGAGGAAUAAUACAAUUAAUACUUUUCUUUCAAUUAUUAAUGUUUAAUGCUUUGUUUUAAAUAAAUACAUGUUUAUUUCAAAAA